AUGGGCAGGUCCUCGUGUCUGAAUCAGACCCUGUUGCUGGCUGUAAUACAAGCGCCCGUACCUCUCGCAGCGAGUUCACCUCGAACAAGGAGUGCCAUCAAUUGGGUGCGGACCAUUACCAGUACCAGCUCACGACAUCACAACUUCGUGUCUUUCGGACCGCAGGCCGAUGCAGCCCUUGACAAAUACUUGAAUCGAGAGCCUCAGCCUGAGUUUCAGUCUGAGCCACCUGCAAGACAGAAGACUGGCAGAUCACGCAAGCCGAAGGUGGCUAUUCGACAGGGCGACGACUACGAGAUCAAUGACUUCGUCGACAGAUCGAGUCCAUCAGUAAGGAUAGAAGGUUGGGCUGUGGAGGGUAGAGAUCAACCAGACUACAAAGGACGCUCCAGUGCAGCGGGACAAGAGAGACAAUCAACCAGAAAGACUACUAGGGAUACACCUACAGCAAGAGACCGGUCGCCACGACCAAAACUCGAGCCAUGGCAAGCUCAGCGCAAUGCAAUGAAGGAGAAAUUUCCUGAAGGAUGGAGUCCACGAAAGAAGUUGUCCCCUGAUGCAAUGGAGGGUAUACGUGGUCUGCAUGCACAGGAUUCUGUAAAGUAUAGUACUGCCAUCCUGGCAGAACAAUUCAAGAUCUCGCCAGAAGCUAUACGACGUAUUCUGAGAAGCAAAUGGAUGGGAAAGCAAGCUGAAGAGAAAAUGGAUGAGCGUAGGGAAAGAUGGGCAAAGAGGCAUGAUAGGAUAUGGGACCAGAAGGCUGAGCUUGGCUUGAUGCCACGGCGUAAGAAGCCAUCACCCAUCGAAGACCCUGACAAGUUUGAAAAGGACAUGGAACGGAAGAAGAUUUUAGGAGAGAUAUAG